AUGUCAGGGCGACAAAGGACUCAGAGGGGGUGCAUCACCCUGCAGCCCCCACGCAUGAUGCCGGAUGGGCUUGAGGUGUCGCUGCACACGUGUCCUCGAGCCUUGCUGCGAGAGCUGGAUCACGUGUUUCCUGCAGUAGACUUGGAUGACUGCCUUGCGAUACCCACAAACCAGAAGGCGGUUAUGGACCUGGUCGCGAUGGGGGACACGGUGGAGACGGAGAAAGACGUGCUCCUCAACUCGCGAUUACCCGGGGAUGGGUGCAAACAUGGAGACCCGAGCACCGAGUUUUUCACGAAGGUGCACGCGGAGGCACCUAGCUCUCCGACUGAGAACAGGCGAUCCUUGCCGGGGGAGAGCACCAUACGCAAGCCGCGAGGGGUUGUAGCCAAGCGCUCAGGCCGGCCUACAUUGCACGCGCUUGCAAUGUAG